CACUGGCUGCACCGUGGAGAAAAACGUGCACACAUCCCGUGUGGUGUGUCAGUGUCAGUGACAAACAAACCGAGCCAGCGCGCAGAGAAGCACUCGGCUGUUUUUACAGAUAUUUUUUUCCAAACAGCACCGGAAAAAUAGAGGAAUUCAUAAAGUGAGUGUGGCGUGCAUGCAUGCAUUAAUGUGUGUGUGUGUGUGUGUGUGUGUGUGUGUGUGUGUGUGUGUGUGUGUGCAGAUAUUUGGAGGUUUUCGAGGAAUUAAAAGUGGACUUCUGCUGAUGGAGCUGCUCCUGCACACUGAGGCUGGGCUGUGACUUGUGACUGCCUGCAUUGUUGCAUAUGUUUCCUGGGAUGGAAUAAUUCUCCUCAAUCAUCGAAGGAAUAAUUUAUAAACUCUUUUUUUCGUCUCCAUGGUGCUUGAAGGCAGAGAGAUGGACGGGAUCGGGAACACCAUGCAGAAGAAGGCUGCAGAGCUGGAGCGGCUGGCCGAGGUGCUCGUCACCGGAGAACAGCUGAGGCUGCGGCUCCACGAGGGGAAAGUCAUCAAGGAUCGGCGCCACCACCUGCGAACGUACCCAAACUGCUUUGUGGCCAAGGAGGUCAUCGACUGGCUGAUUGAACACAAGGAGGCAUCAGACCGAGACACGGCCAUCAAGAUCAUGCAAAAACUUUUAGACCAGAGUAUCAUUCACCACGUGUGUGACGAGCACCGGGAGUUCAGAGACAUGAAGCUGUUUUACCGCUUCAGAAAAGACGAUGGCACGUUCCCGUUGGACAGUGAAGCCAAAGUCUUCAUGAGGGGGCAGAGGAUCUAUGAGAAGUUGAUGAACACAGAGAACAACCUAUUACAAACCAGGGAGGAGGAGGGCGAGACAUUUGAGCGGACGCUGGUGGCCUCUGAGUUCAUCGACUGGAUACUACAAGAGGGGGAGAUGGCAACCAGGGAGGAGGCAGAGCACCUGGGACGGAGGCUUCUUGAACAUGGCAUCAUCCAGCACGUCACCAACAAGCAUCACUUUGUUGAUGGGCCCCUCCUCUACCAGUUCAGGAUGAAUUUCCGCCGACGGCGACGAUUGAUCGAACUUCUUCAUGAGCGCAGCCGCAGCAUCCCCGAGAGUCACGACAGCCCCUUCUGUCUCCGCAAACAGAACUCAGAUGGAGGCAACACCAGCUUCCUCUCAGUGAGUCCCACUAAAGAGAUAAAGGUGGUGGUUGGAGUUCGGCGGAGCAGCAUGAGCAGCAGCUGUGGCAGCAGCGGUUAUUACAGCAGCAGUCCUACGCUCAGCAGCAGUCCACCUGUCCUCUGCAACCCCAAAUCUGUUCUGAAAAGACAAGUGAGUCCAGAGGAGCUGCAGACACCAGGCGGACCUUUUCUAAAGAAGACAUUCACUAUUGUAGGUGAUGCUGUGGGCUGGGGCUUUGUGGUGCGAGGCAGCAAACCCUGUCACAUCCAGGCUGUGGACCCUGGUGGACCUGCAGCUGCUGCUGGCAUGAAGGUGUGUCAGUUUGUGGUGUCGGUGAAUGGACUGAAUGUCCUCUCUCAGGACUACCGGGCCGUCAGCAACCUGAUCCUAACUGGACCCAGGACAAUCGUCAUGGAGGUGAUGGAGGAGGCAUAAGUUUGAGGAGAGCAAAUCCUCUUAGAAGAAUAGUGCAGUAAUAACAUGGGGACUAGAAUGUUUAGCACUUAACCUCAAAACUACAGCGACGACAUGAAACGCAACCCACACUCUCUCUGCUCCAACAUUGUUUUGACAAGAUAGAUGACUAAGAGACAGAGUGUGUUUAAGAAUAUGGGUAUUCAAGUAAAGUAAAUGAUUCAACCUGUGGACAAAAUACACAGGUUGUACUUGAAGGAGAUGGAACAAGUAAAAGCUGAAACUGUAACAAUAAGGAAGAAUAUUUCAUGUUGACACAUUCAGUGACCUCUCCCACAGUUAGUUUCGAACUGUGGACUGAAACUCCCGAUGGCUCAACACUGCCCUCUGCUAGGAAAUACAGGAAGACACACAGAAAGGGAGCAUUCAUGCUGCAACUACAUAAAUCACAGGUCUUUGGUUUCAGGGUGUUUAAUUGUGUUUUCUUUGCUUGGGGAACCACAGUGUAAAAAUGUCUACCCUUGUUGUGUGAAAACGAUUAACAACUAAAUUGAUGCCCAGGUAGAUUUAUGUGUAGCUGCUAGGAAUUAGUUAGUUUACAUAAUAAAAAGCAGUAAGAAACUGUAUGUGACAUUAAUAGGCACAAUGUAAACAGAAAAGUUACAAAAUACUUUACGCACAAACACAGUGAAGAAGUCCUGCUUUAGAAAAAUAGUGUUUAUCGGAUGAAGCCUCAUUAUUGGGCAAACUAAAAUAAGCUACAGCACUGACAUCUUUAUGAAUAAUUGUUUUUAACUUACCCCUGAUCUAUGUUAGUAUCUUUUAGUUUUUAGUUUUUUUUAAGAUGACGCAGACCUGAAACUUCCACAAUGACAUAAGAUGUCAUAUUUUAUAAGUGUGUGUAUAUAUAUAUAUAUAUAUAUAUAUAUAUAUUAGACACACACACAGACUGAAACACAAUUGAACUUGCCUCCAAUGUUUAAAAGAAAAUCCCCUCUUGAGUUAACUGGAAGUUAACUGCACUAAAGCAGGCUUGAGGUUUGGAUAAAUGGAUUUUUACAUCAUUAGCCUCCAAAAUAACAUCAUCUGAAAUAACCGUAUGUUUAUAGACUGUGCCAUCAUGUGCUUAGACAUACCAGCAUGAGAAGAUCACAUUUAAAACUAUAUGAUAAUAAAAAAAAGAACAUGGAUAAGUGAUGUGUCUGUAAUCCAUAGUUGAUUCCUGAGUAAACACAUGUUUACUUGUUUGUUUUAAACAAAACAACACUGCCUGGUUCAGUGGAUGUGUACUUAGUUUAGUCCUGAAGUGAAAUUAUUACUGAAAAACUAAAUACAAAUGCCAUAAAGUCAACUUUUUCUCUACAAGGUGAACAUAUAUUCAGGAAAUCUUUAUUGCCAAACAGUAGAAUUAACACACACUGUAUGUCAACUCCAAGUGAGUUAUUCAGUGGACAUCUGAUUGAUUUUUCUCAAUGUGCUUCGAUGUUGUAAGCAGUGAAAUGCAUGAUUCCUGUACAUCUGUGCUUAUGUAGCAUUAGCUUCUAAUCCAAAGCGCUUCUUCAGUCUGUUGACUUGUAGGACUGAGUUGUCUGACAAAUCAUUUCAGAAGUAAAGUAAAUUUGAGCCUUCAAAAGUCUAUGUUUCCACUUUCUGCGCUCUCCCAUUUUCAGGAGAAACAUAACAGAACAAAACUUCCUCAGCUGUAUAAAUAAGAAGUUUAUAUUUUAGAGCCUCUCAGACAUUGGUGAUGUUCUCUGUUGCCUCUGCUAAACAUUCAUGACAUUUUGUUUUAAGUUACUGAUCUCAAAACUGUCCACUCAUGUUGUUGGAUGACGGCAUACAAUACACAAUGUUAAUACUGUUCAUGUAACGUUCAUGAAUAUUUUGUUGUGAGGGUUUGGAGAAGAUAUGCUAAGGACCCUAGAAACAGAGAUCUCAAUAUUCUUUGAAACUUUUUCUUUAGUUUUUCCACACUGCCGUUCAGCAGGUAACAUGACAACAGUGACUGUUCAACAAUAAGCCUGAAAGCAUUUGCCUUAAGACCUUAUUUUGCUGCUAAUCACAGUUGGUGGUCAUCUAAUUUCUUGUUCUGUUCCAGUCUCUUUUAUCUCUAACUUUGUGUAUUAAAAGUCACCUUGUACAAGGUGAUCAUACGUCAGUUCUAUUGACAAUCAGUGUUUUAUGGACACCACCUUUAAACAGCACAACAGCGUUUUAUUUUAAAAGCAAUGGUCUGACAGAAUGUAUUUCACCACCAUCUUCUACAAUGUGCUCUUUGCUUUAUGUUCACCUCAUGAGGCCGGAGUGAGUGGGCCAAACAUUUUCAGCAGGUACAGCUGUGUGUUUAGUUCCUCCGCUGUCAGAGAUUAAAUGUUGGGUUUGAUGGCAAUAUAAGCUCACAGUACCACAGUCUGUUUUUGACAAAGCAGCUAAAGCUCAUUCAGAUGUUCUGAUGUAUUAAACAGUUGAUUAAGUGUUUAAUAAACAAACUGAUUCUA